AUGUCAGUUACAAUCAGACCCAUUGAAGCAAAGGACAAGGCAGAAUGGUUGAACCUAUGGAGCGGACCCAAUGGAUAUAUCGUGUUUUAUAAAGCCGAGCACCGCAUGAACCCAGAAAUUUCAGAAAUCACAUUUCAAAGAUUCCUCAACCCCAAAGAGCCAGUUUAUUCCAUCGUGGCUGUCGAUGACUCAACGGGCCAAGUGAUUGGGUUUGCAAACUACUUGACACAUAGAAACACCUGGACUGUAGAGGAUGCUUUAUACUUGAAUGACUUGUUUGUGUCUGCCGAUAACAGACUCCACGGCGUGGGCAGGAAGCUAAUCGAGUAUGUCUACACUGAAGCCGAUCGAUUGAACUGUAAGAAAUGCUACUGGUCCACUCAGUUCGAAAACCACCGGGCCCAAUUGUUGUACACCAAAGUCGGUGUCAAGAGUGGCUUCUUGACUUAUUUCAGACCGCCUCAAUAA